GUUUUUCCCCUCUGUUUAUCACAUAUUAUUCUUCGUUAAUCUGUCACAAGAUUUUGGUGUAAAUUAUUUUAUAAUGUGUGGUGCUAGCGAGUGGUUUUGUAGAAAUGACAAUGGGGAUUAAAAGAAAUGGAGUUGUGACUGCGCACCAAAAUGGAUCCAAAAUUAAAAAGCUGGUCAAGAAAAGAGUACCCAUAUUGGAAUGGCUGCCGAAAUAUACAAAAGGGGAUAUCCUGGCUGAUUUUAUAGCUGGUUUGACUGUUGGUUUAACAAUGAUGCCUCAGUCAAUAGCUUACGCAGGAUUAGCCGGACUGCCACCACAAUAUGGAUUGUACACUGCUUUUAUCGGCUCCUUUACCUACAUCUUCUUUGGUACCAUUAAGGAAGUGUCAAUUGGACCCACCAGUCUUAUGGCCAUUAUCACCUGUUCAUAUGUCGAUGGAUUACCAAUAGAGUGCAUGAUUUUAUUGACCUUUUUAGCCGGAUGUGUUGAAUUGCUUAUGGGAUUUUUAAAGUUAGGUUUCCUAGUCGAUUUUAUCUCCCCUCCAAUUACAUCCGGCUUCACUUCAGCCAGUGCUCUAAUUAUCAUUUUGGCGCAAAUGAAGCAUUUAUUAGGUAUUAAAAUCAAAACGCACGAUUUUUUGCAAACAGUCGUCCAGGUUUUCCAGAAAGUUGGCGAAACAAGAUGGCCAGACGCUUUAUUAGGAAUAAGUUGUAUUGUUUUCUUGUUUGCUGUUAAAAAACUGUCUCAAAUGCGCACAAAGAAUAAAAGGACUAAGAAGGUGUUAUGGUUCCUGGGCAUAUCAAAGAACUGCAUAGCCGUUUUGAUAACUUCGGUUAUAGCAAUGUAUCUCAUAAAACAGACGGGUAAAUCACCUUUCUACCUAACAGGAAGUGUCCCUCAAGGCCUCCCGACAUUUGGGUUUCCCAGCUUCACUGCCACAAUCAACAAUCAAACUGUAGGCUUCACCGGAAUGGUUCACUCUUUAGGAGUGGGUGUUAUUGUCCUACCAUUCGUUGCUGUUUUAGCGAACGUUGCCAUUGCAAAAUCUUACGCUUCUGAUGUGGUUGUUGACGCCACACAAGAAAUGAUGACUUUAGGACUGUGCAAUAUAUUCGGAUCCUGUGUACAGGCUAUGCCCAGUUGUGGUGCCUUCACUCGUUCUGCAGUCGCUAGCAACAGCGACGUCAGAACACCUUUACAGGGGUUAUACUCGGCUAGUGUUAUAAUUUUAGCCUUAAGUUUAUUAACGCCCUACUUCUAUUACAUUCCGAAAGCUACUUUGGCGGCAGUUUUGAUAACAGCAGGAUCUUCUUUGGUGGAUUAUGAGAUAUUACCAGUUUUAUGGAAAACAAGCAAAUUUGAUUUGGUGAUGACACUCUUCACUUUUAUUGUGAGUAUCGUUUUCGGAGUGGAAAUUGCUAUAGUGAUAGGAGCAGGAAUCAAUCUUAUUUCUCUUUUGAAGUUAUGGUCAAGACCAGCAAUAUUAGUAGAACCACGAAACCUUGAUAAAGGGGAUCAGUAUUUGUACAUUAAACCUGAAUUAGGGUUAUAUUAUCCAGCAGGUGAUUAUUUAUGCGAGUUCAUUAAGAAAGAGUACAGAAGGUACAGUCAAGUGCCAAUGGUUCUGGACUGUGAAAACGUCUUAAGAAUUGAUUAUGCCGGCGUUAAGGCGAUUCAAAUACUUUUGAAUACAUAUAAUGAGAAUUCAUUGCAACUGGUGUUGGCCAACGUUGAUGUUGACAUCUUAAAAACUUUGAAACAAGUUAUAAAAGAAAAAGAUUUGUAUAUCUGUGAUAACAUUAGGGAUAUAAGUUAUAAAACCUUUAAUGUGACCAAUAACGAAGAGGUUAUACCUUUAAUGAAUUGCGACGAAAAAGACUCUCUGAACCGUGGCAACUCUGAAAGAAAAAUGUCCCUAUAUGAUAACGUGGAAUAACUAUAUGUGAUGUACAUAAGUAUUUAUGCUGUAAAUAAUUUUGUAAUUAAUAUUAAUAGAUCCUACAUAUAGGACAACUUUAGGAAAAACGUUUGGGAUUAUUGCCUUAAAGUUUUUUUUU